GCCGGCGCUCCGCAUUUUCCAUUCCAUCUUUCAGUUCGUUCAGUUUCGUGCCCAACCACCCCCCCUUCGGCCACCGGAUUCUCUCUCAGUUUGUUCCAUCAUUUGCUGCUUCCUGUCCUAGCUCGCUUUUCUCUUCUUACAAAGCGCUCGGAUUUCAAGGAUAGGCCCUGAUGGUGACCAUGACCCGUGCAGAUGCUCCCGCCGUCCCGGGCCUUCAAUCACAUCCACUGGCACCUCCACAACAACACGCACUUCAACCGCAACCCGUCUCUCUCUCAUCGGCGUCAGCACGACCCUUAUCAUCCACAUUUUCGCAGCGACUUCCUCCUUUGGCCAUGUCAAUAGGAACAGCGCCGGUGCCUGGCGCUCCUCACUUGCAAAGACCUCCAGGGCUGGGACAGCAACAGUCCAGUACGCGCACGCUCCAGGGCCCGUCCGCGCAGGAUUGGGCCCGCCAUCGAGAUAUCAUCGUCGACCUCUACAGACAGUAUCCCCUCAAGAAAGUAAGCGAUAUAAUGAGGAGUCAAUACAACUUCUCGGCAAGCAAACGCAUGUAUGACAAGAGGUUCCGGGAAUGGAAUGUGUUUAAAAAUGUCAACAGUGAUGAAAAGGAUAGGCAUGUACGUCCUGGCCGAUUCCAUGGAUCCACUUCGCCUCGGAGGCACGGCCAUGCCUCACCGGCGGCACAACAUGAUAUAAAUAACCGGGACGGCGUGGGGGAAACACCACCGUACACACAAACCUUGCUAUCACCACAUGAGAGACGGAGGCGUUCACAACGGUCGACGAGCCCCUGCACAUCCCUGUCCAUCACCAUAUCGAGUCCAAGUACCAAGUCCAUAGGGACGUCACCAGCACCAGUACAUCAGCGAGCCAUGAGCCCACCAAUUACCCGAUCGGCCUUGAGCAUAGCGGAUCUUAUCAUUGAAACAGCCCCCCAGCCGAAGCAGAGAUCCGAGUCUCCUGCCGAAACCAUCGAAACGUGCUCGUCACCGGCUUUCUCUUCCUCGACACCUGGCGGUCAAUCAUGCGCUACACCUGCAUCGAGCUGUGCUUGGUCUGAGGAUCAGAACCGAGAUAAGGACAAGCAAUUAGUCCACACCAGGUUGCCCAACCCACAAAAUCUUUCCAACUUCAAGGCACAAAUCCGCGCCCUUGCCGAGUCACCGCCGCCAUUCAUCGCCCCGGACUCCAGGACGCGGACACUGGACAUCAUCACUCUCAGCCUCCGUGACUACUAUGACUGGCAGAUACGCAACGUACCAGACGGCAUAACACCCGAUGACUUCCUCGGACAGGGGACAGCCGAUGUAUCACAGCAGUACUGGUCUUCUAUCAAGAAUGCAAUCUACCUCAUCAAGCUCUCGGCCAGUUCAGCGCAGUCAGAUGCCACUCAACGACCUGAUCUCCGUGCAUGGCCGGCCCUGUCCGAAGCUGGUCGGGACGCCGCAGCCGCCAUGACCAGCCAACCUUUUGACUUCCUCCGCAACCUCUUCGCCACGCUGUCGCCAGCCAACGUCCGCGCCCGUCCUGAACUUCGGACCAUCCUCCUGCAGUUCCUCGCCAGCGAAGCCAAUAACAGCUUCUCACCCACACACCCCAUCGCCCGCAUCUGCACCGAGCUCAACAACGACGAAGACUGCCAGGAAAUCUCGCGCCGCGCUUUGCAGUGCAUGGUGGACUUGUUCAGCCGCCUCGGCCAACGACGUUUUGUCUCCUUCAAACUCCUUGACUCCCUGGCCACUCUCCUCCGUCGCAACGGCGAGUUCGAUGCGGCAAUGGUCAUUGUCACGGAGCUCUUCAAAGCCUGCCGGCAAGAAUUCGGGCCAUACGCGGAACAGACACGUGCAGUUCAGAAUGAGUUGGCGCACUUCUACAUGGUUGUGGACGAUGGUGAUCAAGCAUUACAGCACUGCAUGGCUGUCAUUCGCCGCCCGCCACCCGAGGGGCUAGCCAAUGACCCGAAGAUUGCUUUUCACCAAGACGGCAUUGCAGCGCACACGAUGGAGGACGUCGCGGAGAUUCAUGAGAAACGGGGGGAUCUGGAUCAGGCGAUUGUUUGGCUUGAGAGGGCAGCUGAUGUCGCAUUGAGGGUUUGGGGGCCGCAGGCGGUAGCGACGGGGCAUAUCAUUGACAAGCUCACAACGCUCAAGAAGGAGUAUGCGAAUAAUAUGUUGAAAAGUGCGAGGGACUGGGAGGCUAUUAUCGAGCGAUAGUAUCUAGGUAGCUUUGGGGAUGAUUGAUUGAACAAUCGUUGUUAUUCAACUCUUCUUCUGUAGAAUGAGCGAAUCCUGCAAUACCUAGGUACGAGCUACUCUC